GCGGGAGAGAUAAAUUAAGUAAGCAGUAAGCAGCUUGGCAUUUUGUGUCAUAAGUAGAGCUAUAAUUUCUAACUUUAUUAUUUUAACUCGUUGCAAUGAGUCUGUGGGUGGACAAAUACAGACCGACUUCUCUUGGCAAACUGGAUUAUCAUAAAGACCAGGCCAGCCAGCUAAAAAAUCUGGUACAAUGUGGAGACUUUCCUCACUUGCUUGUGUAUGGUCCGUCGGGAGCUGGCAAGAAGACCAGGAUUAUGUGUUUGCUGCGGGAGCUGUAUGGUGCAGGGGUGGAAAAACUUAGAAUCGAACAUCAAUCCAUAAUAGCUCCGUCAAAAAAGAAAAUUGAGAUCAGCACGAUAGCAAGCAACUACCACCUUGAAGUCAAUCCGAGUGAUGCCGGUAACAGCGACCUUGUGGUUAUUCAGGAGCUACUGAAAACAGUCGCACAGUCUCAGCAGAUCCAGUCAAGCGCCCAAAGGGACUUUAAAGUGGUACUCCUGACAGAAGUUGACAGACUUACCAAAGAUGCCCAGCAUGCUUUGCGAAGGACGAUGGAAAAAUACAUGUCUAACUGCAGGCUGAUUUUGUGCUGCAAUUCCACCUCCAAAGUCAUCCCGCCCAUUAGAAGCCGAUGUUUGGCUGUGCGAGUACCGUUGCCAAGUGUGGAUGAGGUCUGCACCGUGCUGUCUGGCGUCUGUAGAAAGGAAGGCUUGAUUCUCCCAGGGGAGCUGGCAAAAAGAAUUGCUGAGAAGUCUGGCAGGAAUCUUCGCAAAGCUCUGCUCAUGUGUGAGGCGUGCAGAGUGCAGCAGUAUCCCUUUGCUGUGGACCAGGAUAUACCUGAGACAGACUGGGAGGUGUACCUGCGAGAGACAGCAAAUGCUAUAGUCAGUCAGCAGAGCCCACAGAAGCUGCUUGAAGUUCGUGGAAGACUUUAUGAACUUCUUACCCACUGCAUUCCACCAGAGAUCAUAAUGAAGGGCCUGCUGUCUGAACUUUUGAGCAACUGUGACGGACAGCUGAAAGCUGAAGUUGCACAGAUGGCAGCUUAUUAUGAGCAUCGUUUGCAGCUGGGCAACAAAGCCAUUUAUCACCUAGAAGCAUUUGUGGCUAAAUUUAUGGCUAUUUAUAAGAAAUUUAUGGAGGAUGGCCUUGAAGCCAUGAUGUUCUGAAAUGCAAUGUAAAAAAUACACUUUGCAUAAUUGAAAUUAGAUGAUGUUACAUUUGCAAACUAAUAAAAAAAAUUUAAAAAAUCCA